UGGAAUUCCUUCGCACUCGCUCCCAGCCUCUCGUCCCGGCUCCUUCUCCGUUUGUUCACACCCCCAGCAGGUGCUUUCACUUGACGUGUAGUUUGCAGUUGUGCUUUAGUCUGUGACUUUCAGGUUAACUUUAAUAAAGCCUGGGAGGCUCUGAGACCUCUGGCUGGGGGGACCUCUGGCCUCUCGUCGGUGCCGGGCUGAUCCGGACCAUCCUUCAUCCUCAGCAGGAGCAUAGCUGCUUCUGUCCACGUCCACUCAAGUCAAGUCAAGUCAUCAGAGCAUCUUCGCCUCGGUGUCACUCAUGUCAAACCUGGUGGGGACUCUGCCCGACGGCGCGGCCUUCGCGCCCCGCAGCGCGAUGGCCGAGCACUCGGCGUGGGACCUGGGCGAGGCCAAGGCCGGCGCCCCCGGCCUCUACCUGUCCUGCUUCGACAUGCUGCUCACCGAGGACGCGGCGUGGCUGGUGAAGGCGGCGCCCACGCCGCGCCUGGAGCCCCCGGAGGGGCCGGAGCAGUGCCCCGUCAUCGACAGCCAGGAGCAGGGCCUGUCCCCGGGGCUGGAGGGGCCCGAGGAGGAGCGCUCCCUGGAGCAGGUGCAGUCGAUGGUCGUGGGAGAGGUGCUGAAGGACAUCGAGACCGCCUGCAAACUGCUGAACAUCACUCCAGACCCCAUGGAGUGGAACGCGGGGAACGUGCAGAAGUGGCUGCUGUGGACUGAACAUCUGUACAGGCUGCCCCACGCGGGCAAGGCCUUCCACGAGCUGACGGGGAAGGACCUCUGCGCCAUGAGCGAGGAGGAGUUCCGCCAGCGCUCGCCCCCGUGCGGCGACACGCUGCACGCUCACCUGGACAUAUGGAAGUCCGCCGCCUGGAUGAAAGAGAGGUGCUCGGUGGGAGACACCAAAACUGCAGGGAGCGAGGAGCUGUGGUCCGAGGCCGACUCCUCCUGCUCAGGUCAGCCCAUCCACCUGUGGCAGUUCCUCCGAGAGCUCCUGCUCAAACCCCACAGCUACGGACGCUGCAUCCGCUGGCUCAACAAGGACAAAGGCAUCUUCAAGAUCGAGGACUCGGCUCACGUGGCUCGACUGUGGGGGCUGAGGAAGAACCGACCCGCCAUGAACUAUGACAAGCUGAGCCGCUCCAUACGCCAGUACUACAAGAAGGGCAUCAUCCGCAAGCCCGACGUGUCCCAGAGGCUGGUGUACCAGUUCGUGCACCCCGUGUGAGGCCGCGGCCGAGAACAGAAACGGACGAGAAGGUGCCGAGUGCACGUGCACCGAGCGCAGACACGGCGACGCGGCCGCUCGGCUGCAGAAGGAACACAGAAAACAAUCGCCAAAACCAACUGCCUUCCUAUUUGCACAAACUGCCUUUGUUUCCUUUCAGUAAUGUGAUUGCUAAUUAAUCUUGACUCAUGACUUCAAACAGCAGAAUUGAUUGCUCCUGCGUACGGACCGCAGGGAACUGAGCUCGUCUUGUGCCGCAUCUGGAACCGCAUCUGUUUGCGCUGGAGCCGGUUCUGCUGCCGCUGACGAGCGUGCGCUCGGGACCUUGGGUUGGUAAACACGCAGGCCGUCGGCAACGGGACGUCUCGUCCCGCACCAAAGGCAACGCGGACUCUCCAUCAGGACCGCAAUCCUUGGAAACGGGAAAGCCUCCCACUGAAUUCAACCACUUCACGCUUCGAGGCCAAUAUCACGUCAGAGACACUGUUAGCGGGUAAAGUUAGAAGAAGCUGUGAAGUCUCACAUGUUUGAUUCCACUGUAAAUACUGUAAGUGCUCAGGAAACGUGUACAGAGCUGCCUGGUUGUAGACUCUUAGUUAUUUCAUUGCUACAGUUUUGAAAUGAAUUAGUAAUUUUAUUAAAACAUAUAAUAUGUGAGCAAAUCCUGACCCAUACAUUCACACAUGUCACUAAUCAUGAAGAUAUCAGCUUGAUUCUAAUUUAUUUAUUGGAGGUCUGUGCUGCUUGCUUGCUUCCGUUGGGGUCUAAAUACAUUGUACACGGGUGUUUGAACAGAA